AUGGCACCUCCAGCCGGCAACGUCACCAUCGGGGAGAAGCACAAUUUCUCCUGGCAGCAAACGAUGCUGCGGAUCAAAGACCCAAAAGUCACUGUGCCAUUUUAUGAGCGCCACUUUGGCAUGAAGCUGAUCCAUUCGUAUACGUUUGAUGAGGCAGGUUUCUCCCUCUACUUCCUCGAGCGCCCUCGCGAUGGCGCAGUGUUGCCGACCCCUGGCACCCCCGAGGCGGAGAAGUAUCUGUGGAGCAUGAAGGGGGUCUGUUUAGAGCUCACGCACAAUCACGGCACUGAGAAAGACCCCAACUUCAAAGUGAACAACGGAAACGAAGAGCCCCAUCGCGGGUUCGGGCACAUCGCUUUCAACUGCCCGGAUGUGGUCGCGGUGUCGCAGCAAUUGGAAGAAGACGGCGUGAGCUUUCAAAAAAGGCCUCAUGAAGGCCGAAUGAAGACAAUUGCUUUCGCCAAGGAUCCCAACGGGUACUGGAUAGAGCUUUGCAACCGGCAUCCCGAAGCUCACAUUCCUGAGAAGUUCAACUUGUCACAAACAAUGAUUCGAGUCAAGGACCCGAAACAGUCCCUGGCUUUCUAUCGUGAUCUUCUGGGCAUGAAGCUCAUUGCAAAGAAAGACAAAGGCGACUUCACCGUUUAUUUCCUUGCAUAUCUAGAGCCAGGCGUUUCGCCCCCAGAAAAUAUUGAGGGACCAGAGGCUGAUGAAUUCAUCAAGAAGCAGUGGUUUCCUUUCUUGGAGUUGACGCACAACCACGGAACAGAGACGGACCCGAACUUCAAGUACAGCAACGGCAACGACCCUCCUCAGGGCUAUGGCCACAUUGGAAUGCUUUGCGACAACUUAGAAGAAGCCUGCUCGGAGCUUGAGGCUGCUGGAGUGAAGUUUAGGAAGAGGCCUCAAGAUGGAAAGAUGAGGGGCAUUGCAUUCGCGUUGGAUCCGGAUGGGUACAGCGUGGAGCUCAUCAAGAGGGGCGUGACAUUUUAA